AUGAGGAGUCGGAGAAGUACAUUUGUUACUUUACUCAGGGAAGGUUUUACGUCUGAUCAAAUUCUGAAAAAGAUAAGAAUGGAGUACCGCAACAAGAAGAUAACAGCCCAGGCUCUACUUCACGACUUUGAAAGACAUAAGGUAAAAAUAUACUCGAAAGUAAAAGCACAUUUCGAAUCUGUCAGCUUCAGAAGAAUUGCUACACGCAACAAGAUGGAACCUGGGAGAAAGCAUGCCUUUGAUCUGCAAUUUGUUGAAAUGAGGAUCAACGAGAACUCUGAAGAGGAUGGCAUUCAACGUUACGUGCAUGCCACAAACGAAACAGGAGAUGGAUUUCUGCUCAUCGUCAUAACUCCGGUGCAGAAGUCAUGGUUAACACGAUAUAGUCGACGUGGUAUAUCCAUCGACGACACAUUUAACUUAACGAGGCGAUUGUGCUAUUUCAGGAUGACAGAACAAGAAGUAUUCGAGUUGUUUUCGGUUAUAAAGAAGAUUGUGCCUGAUUUCGAUCCCAUGCUCCUUAUGACUGAUGACACUAAUAGUUUUCACAACGGAUUCAUACGUGCUUUCCCGCAGUCUGCUGCAGUUAAGCUCCUCUGCAAUUUCCACGUAUUACAAGCUAUUAAACGAUGCAAGGCGAAGCUUGUGGAGGUCAGUAGUAAUAAGUAUGUGAUAUAA